AUGCAAGAAGAAAGAGAAGGAAAAUGCCACCCUGUAAAAACCCAAAAAACUUCAUGCGUUCCAUUUGUUUACGUCCUUCUCCAUCUCUCUUCAAGUAAUGAGACACCUUCUCCUCCUAUUCCUCCUCCAUGUACUGCCAUUGCCGAUGAAGGCAGUGUCAUGCUCAAACUUGCCAACUCCUUAGGCCCUUUACCCACCAGCUGGAACAAAACAUCCUCCAAUAAUUUCUGCAUCUCCUGGCAUUGGCUAGACUGUGAUUCCUCUGGUAGAGUCAUUGACAUUAAUCUCGUAGAUCAACACCUAACAGGCACCCUUCCUCCAGAGUUGUCUAAUCUCACUGAGCUCAAUGACCGAGUAGAUGAUGACAUCAGGAGGAACAAUACUGUGCAGGUGUUGGGGUUUCUUGUGACCAACAGGCCACCUCUGAAAUUGACAAUUAAGCCUGGGAAAGCUCUGCUGGAGAUGGGUAUGGACACUGGAGUCAGAAAAAAUCCUGAUACAAAUGCUACAGAAGAAACUGGUGCUAAGAAAGCAGGAGGUGUAUGUUUACCCGUCAUGCUGUUCUUGCCAUUCUUAUUGUAG